UCAUCAUGACGUUUAACCUAGUUGGCUUCACGUUCGCGCAGAUAAAGUAACUUCAUAUCACGUAAUAAAAAGCACAAUAGUCUCUUACUCUUAAUUUAUCUGAUUUCGCUCAAUUAAAAUGCCUGUCCCACCUGGAUCCAUAAUCGUGUCGGAUUGGCAUCGCUGUCCAGACAGCAGGGAGUUUUUCAGCAGGAUACUGCAUAAGAAGAAACGGCGAAAGUUUGGGCUCUUGGAAGCGCCAAUGAUGCCUCCUCAUAUGAAUGUGGAUAUCGUUCGCUACAAGGUAUUCCUCUCUGGGAAAACCGGAGUCGGGAAAAGCGCUCUUGCUGCCCGUCUCGCUGGCCUCGAUCUCCCCAAAAUGCACUAUGAGACCACAGGCAUAGAGACAACAGUGGUCUUCUGGCCUGUAAGACUAAAGGAGAGUGGCCGUGUGUUGUUUUUCCGCUUUGAGCUUUGGGAUUGUGGGGAAAGUGCAAUACGAAGAUUUGACCACAUGUUACCGUCCUGUAAGGAACAGGUGGAUGCCAUCCUUUUCCUUUUCUCCUUCACUGAUCGUGGCUCCUUUGAUGAUCUUUCAAAUCAGGUAUCACGGAUCACGGAACCUUCGGAUCGAGUGGUUAACUUGGUCGUUGGCACCAAAUUUGACUUAUUUAUGCACACAGAUGUGACAGAGAGUGACGUGACACAUUUUCAAGAGGUUUGGGGUCUUCCGGUCUUCCGAGUGGGAGGUGAUGUGAGUGCGGGGCUUGGUGAAGUAGCACCCUUACUAAAUGCCCUUGCAGAAAACCUGUGGCACCAAGACUGUAUGGCUGCUUCAUCUGUGUCCAUCUCCACACAGGCUGCUCUCAGAGGAACAGACUCAGAGAUCAUUGUAUAACUUGUACGUGCGUUGUGGUUCAAUCUCACAAGGAUUGGUCAUUCAUGGAUGGAAUAUGCUGCUAUGGAAACACUCUAAAUACCACUUACUAUUUUUUGCUUUCUAAAUGUCUGUGAGUCAAGAAAUGGUAAACAAAAAUAUUAAAAUGUCAUGAAAUGAGUUUGUUUGUAGUUU